AGCAACCGAAUCAUAACAAUUCUUUUCCGUUUAGAGUUUUCAUUUGAACAUUUAAAGCAGCUCAGACUUGCAGUUUAUCAGCAAGAGAGAAGACGCGAAAGAUGUCCAUCGUGAAAACCACCGUGAAUCUCCAGAGGAUUGACUGGCUGCUGCCGAAAGGUGCAGUCAGUGUGCGGAUCGCCCCGGAAUACAUCCCCGGUCCAGUUGGCCGAGGACAAACCAGUUCCAGUGAUGCUGGCCGUCGGAAGAAGUGCCGCACCAGGCCGCCGGCAGCCAGCUCCCUGACCACGUCUGCCUCUCCUGGAUCUGCUGCCAUCCCGGUGGCAACCAGCAGGGGUCAGCAGGGCACAGGCCGCCGUAGAAAUACGGCGGGAGGCCGGUCAGGGCGAAGAAGGAGGUAUGACCAACAGAAGGGGUUAGAGCCUAAGCCCAGCUCACCAACCUUCUCCUCCUCUUCAUUUUUAUUUCCGUCUUCAGCCCCCUCCCCUUUUGUUUCAUCCCCAUUUCUUUUUAUGGGCUCCUCUGUUUUAUCCCCACACUUAGUCACACCUGUAAGCCCAGCUCCACAUCCAUAUUCAGCUCCAGGCCUGGUUCAUCUGACCCCUCUGCUUCAGGCUCCAGCACAGGCUGUAGCCGCCUCAUCUCACCUGGAAAAAUUCUAUUGGUUGUAUAACUAUUAUGUAACAAAAUACUCUAAAAUGACCUAUGACGCCAAGUGCUUUACUGAGUACUGGUGUCAGGAGUUUUGGAACAGACAUUUAAAUGAAAUUAACUUAGCGAAACAGGGGAAGAAUGAGGAUAAUGAGGGUACUCAUUCAUCCAAGAGGCGUAGGAUUGAUGAAGAUGAGUUCAUCUUUCCUAUUGAUGCACUGGAGCAGCUAAGUACCAUGCCCAGGGCUCAGGAGAUGGGUGUGGAGAUGGGCUAUCAGUCAGAUGCACAUAGCUACAUUUCCCUGUAGAUUCAGCACAUAAUUACACAAGAGUUGUCAUACAUACUUAGG